AUGUUCUUAUCAACGCUCAUCAUGGUACCGAUCAUCAUCACUGUGUUCCUCUACAUCCGCAUCGUGUGCUUCAUCUCGAAAACGUACACGGUGCUGAACACGAUGAAUGUUGGGAAGGAAAAAAGCGAAAGCACCUCCAAGCUCGUCAACACCGCCCUGGUGAUCGUCAUCUCGUUUCUUUUUGGAUAUGGGGUCUUCUCGAUAUUCUCACCAUUGGUAUGCAAAUACGACUGCCCCUUCGAAAUGGACUACAACAACUCGCUGAUGGUCAUGAUCGGCUUCUUUCAGGCGGAUUUGGUCGUGCUCAAACUUGUCGCCAAUCCGUUUAUCUACACGCUGCGGAUGGGCUGCUUCAGGGAAGGCAUUCGAGCCCUAGCGCGACAUUUCCACAUCAAGGUUUUUAAGGAAGCGCGGCGGUGCCGGCCUCUGAUCGCAUAUGAACUCGAGUUGCGC